AUGAAGGAUUGUUGUGUUUGCCAAGAAAACAACUCAAUUUAUAAAUGUCCAAUCUGUGUUCAAUUUUAUGACUUGUUGUAAGUCUCACAAGGAAGCUGGCUGCGAAGUUCCACUGGCCAAAGUAUCAGCAGAGCCUCAUGAAUCUAUUAAAUAUAAUUUUCCCACCGAAGACACAGUGCCGCGGGAAAAACUAGAAUUGCUUGGUCACAGUGAAGAAGUAAAAAAAUGUUUGGAGAAUCCCCAUGUUCGUGAUAUUGCUCAAGCUAUACUAAACAAUCCGAAUCCAACAAAAGCAAUUGCUUUAGCUAUGACUGAGCCCAUUUUUGUUGAACUCGCAGACGCUUGUUUGAGAGUCGUCGAACCAAUUGAUACAAUGAACAGGAUUAUUAGCAACAUAAUACUC